AUGGAUCCUGGGGGCCUCGGCCGCAUGGCCCAUGACCACAACGAGGACGAUGGCGACCCUAACACCCCUGGGCGGGAACGCCAGCCGGCACGUGAGGAUGGCACCCUCACGGUGUUCUUUCCCGUGCCCCACACGGUCCGGUGCUGCGAGGAGGGCUGCCGAGCUGCCUACGCCGCGGCCAAAUGGACAGCGCGGCGGCAGUCCCUCCAGUGGCACCUCGAACUCGAGCACGGUGCCAGAAUCCGGCGCACCAUCAACGUGUGCAGUAUCUGCGGCGAGACACUGGGGCUGAGACCAGCCUCCCACGCCUGCCUGGCUGCAGCCGACUCGACCGCCCCCCCCUGCUGCCCUGCCACACCAGUGUGGCAGUUGCACAAUGUCCUUCCCCACAAGGAGGGGCUUGAGCAACCACGAACAGUGGCACAGGAGGGAGGUGGCACUAGCAGCCAGGACAACGACGGCACCCCCCCAACAGACCAGGACAGCACCGAGGGUCCCGCUGAGGACCCUCCAGAAACACCAGCAGUGGCCACCGAGCAGGCCGCCGACCAGGAGCCGUCUUCUGUGGCGCCUCGAGGAACACCCGGACAAAGCAGCGAUGGCGAGAUGGCCGAGGCACCCUCUCAGCGGACGCCAACCCAAUCAGGGUGGACCGCGGCCUCGGCCACUCCUUCUCCAACACCAUCGCUGCUGUCCAACCGAGGCAGCCCGGGAGCACCAGCCUCCGAGGCUCACGAGCCGGCGGCCAUGCAGGAGCUCUCCCCAGGCAGGGCAGAGUCGCAGGACCAUGACGGAAGCACCCAGGACUUCGGGACCCAGGAAGAACAUGCUGGUACCACGCGGCCAGAGGGCAGUGCAUGGGGCUUAGAAGACGAGACGGCAGAGCUGCGGGCAUUGAGCCGGUUGCCUCAGUCUGCUGGGGAGUGGGCACGGUUUGAAAACAUCCUCGACCGUGCCAUUGCAGCCGCAACCAAACAUCUGCGGCUGCCAGUCGGGGACUCGCGCCAAUCACGGAGGCGCGAGGUGAACCCCGACAACCCCCAGCAGAUCCAAACACUUUACCGAAGGAACCGGCGCCGGGCAGUGCGGCUAAUCACUGAAGGCCCGUCGCAGCUCUGUCCGAUCGACCCCCAUGCACUACAAGACCACUACUCGAACCUCUGGUCACCAACAACCGUGGAAACCAGCAUCCUGCGGUCAAGGCUUCCGGGCACCGAAGAACUGGACUUGUGCCCCUUUUCACCGGAAGAAGUCGCAGCCAAGCUCCGUAAAUGCGAGAGUACAGCUCCAGGGGAGGACCGCCUCACGUACCACCACUGGAGGCAGGUGGACCCUGAGGGCAGGUUCCUGGCGGCGGUAUACAACGUAUGCCUCCAAUACCGACGCACACCCUUGAGCGGGAAGUCGACGAGGACAAUCCUGAUUCAAAAGAAGGGCGACCGCGAGGACCCCACAACUGGCGACCCAUUGCCCUUGUGUCAAAAGGGCUUCCUGCCACACGAUGGGGUGUUUGAACACAACUUCGUGCUGCAGGGGCGCCUGGAUGAUGCCAGGACAGGAGGUGGGGAGCUGUGCGUGGGGUUCCUCGAUUUUGCCAACGCCUUCGGCUCGGUCGCCCAUCAGGCCCUCGUCGACGCUGUCCGCGGCGCCGGCGCAGGGGCGGCCUUUGCUACCAUCGUUGAAGACCUCUACCGCGCCAACACCACCUGCGUUGUGGCAGCAGCUGGCAUUACGGGGCCAAUCACCAUCGGAGCCGGGCUGAGACAGGGCUGUCCUCUGAGCGGCCUGCUUUUCAACCUGGUGGUGGAUCCGGUCAUGCAUGCAGUACAGGGAGGCGAUAGGCAGCACAACAACCUUGCCUACGCCGAUGAUCUGACGCUGCUGGCCGCGGAUCCCACCACCCUGCAGAGCCGCUUGGACCGUGUGACUGCCCUGUCGGCCCGGCUUGGGCUGCGACUGAACGCCGCCAAGUGCCGAUCUCCACACCUGUCUGGUCGCCACCCCGUGGGUACACGGCCCACCUCCUUCACCGUGGUUGGCGACCCGAUUCCGGCGCUUGGCGACUUCGAGGGGCACAAGUUCCUGGGCCGUCCAGUGGGGUUCAGGUUGCUGCCGGACGAGACGACGGUCGACGAGGCCAUCCACCUAGGCAGAAAGCUACUCUCCUCCAUGCUCGCCCCAUGGCAAAGGCUGGAUGCCAUAAAAACCUUUCUGUAUCCAGCCUUGAACUUUGCCAUGCGGGUGGGCCUUGCCAGCAAAGAAGAGUGGCAACGCCUAGACGAGGAGCUCCGCCCGCUCAUCAAGAAGACCCUGUACGUGCCAGCCAGAGCUUCCAAUGAAUACUUGUACGGAGGCUCUCAGGCUGGCAGUGCAGGGAUCCCACUUGCGGCGGAGCUCAGCGACAUCUGCCGUGUGGAUGGGGCCUUCAAGCUACUGACGUCGACCGACGUGGAAGUCCGGGAGCGCGCAGCAGGGGACCUAGAGGGCGUCGUGUCAAGGCGGCUAAGACGACCCGCGAACACCGAGGACAUGGAGGCCUACCUCUCAGGCGAGACGGAGGGCGACUUCCGACAAACGUCCACACAGGUCCAGUCUGUGUGGACGGAGGCCCGGAAAGCCGCCCGUCGCCUCUCCGUCGCUUGGGAGCUCUUGGAGCAUGGGGCCCGCAUCAACUGCAGAGAGGCCUCUGUGUCAGCGAGGAACCGCCACAAGCUGGUCAAGACCAUCCGGGCGCUCCUCUCCACCGAAAGGGACAGAGCUCUGCAUGACGAACGGAACCAAGGCAAGGCGAUGGUGUGUGUGGUGGCCGACCCGGCAAAUUCCCACUUCAUGAGGUGCGGCCGCUACACCCGCUUCACCGACUGGCGUUUCGUGCAUCGAGCCCGGUUAAACCUCCUCCCCCUUAAUGCCACAAGACUCUGGGCACCCGCAGCCGACAAAAGAUGCAGGCGCUGCGGGUAUGGGGAGGAAACACUGCCACAUGUACUAUGCCAUUGCAUGCGGCAGAGCCGGGCCAUGACGGAGCGUGAUAACACCAUCGUCGGCAGAAUAAAAAAGGCUGCCUUGGGGAGGUUUGCAGUCAUCGCAGAGAACCAGGUCGUGGGCACCACAUCACUCAAGCCCGACCCGGUACUGGCCUGUGGAGAGGAGGCACUGAUCCUGGACGUCUGCUGCCCUUUCGAGAACAGGCUGCAGGCGUUCCAGGACGCCCGGAAGGCUAAGGAGGAGAAGUACGCCCCUGUACAGCGUCAUCUCCUCCGGUGGUUCCAACGUGUGACGGUAGACGCGGGCGUCGUCGGCUGCCUUGGCACCUGGGAUCAGGGGAAUGAUCGUGUGAUGCGCAGGCUGUGCAGAAGGCAAUACCUACGGACACUCAAACGCCUGUGCAUCAGCGACACGAUCAGCGCCUCUACAAAGAUUUUUAGAGCCCACAUAGGCACCUCUUAA